GAAAAAUGAUUUGUGAGAAAUAAAUUAUCAAUAUAUUAUUUAAGUGCGACUCCUCUAGAAUUUCGAAAAUAAGUUUUAUUUAUUUUAUGGCAAGAACAUUAUAGUGAAAGUUCACAACUUUAUAGUUUUGAUUUUAUGGCAAAAGCAUUAUGGUUACUAGUUAGAGUUUAAGGUAGCUCUAUUUCAAAGAAGAAGAAAAAGUUAAGGUACUUCCAUAUUUCCAAUCAAUUACUAUUAUAGGACAUACAACCCACUAUAGGAGGCAUUUAAGAGUUAGUAAUAUUAAUUAAUUAGAUAAAAAGGGGAGUUUAAUAAAUCAUGUUCCAUAUCCUCUUUUGCUCAAAUCUUAAUUUGGAAAUGGGAAUAGAGUCCAAUCAAAUGUUUUCCAAAAAUACAUUUUAAACCAAUGAAUUGGGUACACUCAGAUUCUGUUAGUAAUUAGGAAAUGUUUUAAAUGUAUAUUGGGAAAUGUAUUUUUGGGAAAUAUUUGAUUAGAGAAAAAUGUAUGCAACAAAUCUUUGAUUGCCCUUCUAAAAAUCCUUUCCAUAUUUGGGAAACAUACAAUUAAUUUCGCAUUCCAUUGCUCCCCUAACAAAAACUUUUUUCUCCUUGCAUGUUUCGGUCCAUAUCUCUCGGGAUGGCAAUGGGUUAGAUUUUGUCAAAUUCAAACCUAAACUCAUGGAUUUAUCUGCGAAAAAAAUCUGGGGUAAACCCACUGAGUUUGAAAAACUGAAACCCAACCCAACCCGUUGGGUAUCCGCGGGUUCAUGGGUACCCAUGAGUUUUUGUCGUAAAAAAUUUAUAAAAACAAGUUCCUAUCAAAAUAAAAGACAAAUAUCAAUCUCUCCAUACAAAUUAUCCAUAAAUAAAACACCAUUCUAGAAAAUUCAAGCAAAUCACAAAUUAACCAUACAAAUUGUUCAACACCAAUCUAGAAAACUCAAGAAAAUUGAAGCAAAUAACAAGUUCCUCCUUGUCAACUAAGUUUCUUCUCUAUUGUCCACUCCAUAAUAUCAACUUCAUUCUACACAAUUAGAAAGAAAAUAGUAGACAUGUCUCCACAAACAUAAAAAAUAUUAGUUGCUUAGAAUAUUGAAUAUUCCGGAAAAGUUAAUUAUAUGGGUGUGGGGGGUAUCCAUGGGGUGGGUAUACCUAAACCCAACCCAACCAUUGGUUCGGGUUUUGUUGUCAUCCCUACUCAAGAUUACCUAGGGCUAGGCACAUGAGUGGUUAGUUCGCAGUUUGACUUUGAUCCAUCCAUGAAUAAUCCAAAUCGUAGUGCAGGUGGAUUUGCGGAUUGAUAAGUCUCUUACCCACACUUAUUUGGGUGGGUGGUGGGUGGAUUGCGGGUCACUCAAAAAGUUAUUUCUUAUACUAUUAAAUAGUCAUCAUAUUUCCUAAUCGCACUACACAAUGACCAUUUACUUCUGGAGGUGGAGAAUAAAAAAUAUUUUUGCACUACUAUUAUUGGUUACUAUGUCGUGUAAUGUAUAUUAGAUAAUGUGAUGCAAGAAAACCCACAAUGCAAAUCCUCAUUCAAAAUACCUCCGCUAAUCGCCGCCGCUGCCUCCGUUGUGAGGCUUCUUCAGAAACGACAAGUACUGGGACGAACCCACAAGUGGGGCGAGGGAUAGGAUUAUUCAAUCCUACGGGAUUGCCUCUCAAGAUCGGAGUGACGCCGCUGUUUCUGAGUGGAUCUUCUCCUGGGUUCCGAGAUUUUGGGGAAACGGAAUGAAGGGGAAUAGCGCAGAACAACUUCAAAGCCUUGAUCCUUUCGCCAAGUGCUCUUGCCGGAAAUUCUCAACCUCCUGCCCUCAAGUUUCGGCCGUAAUCUUGAGGAGUCUGAUUGCUUUCCCCCAUCGCUUUCAUCUGCAGGAUACGGUGGAAAAGGCAAGUUCAGAUCUUGCUCUAAUUUUGAGUUGUGUGGCAUGUCGUGUGCCUCUUCUGUUUGUGGCUGGUUACUGCAACUGGAUAGCUGAGUGGAUCUUCUCCUGGGUUCCGAGAUUUUGGGGAAACGGAAUGAAGGGGAAUAGCGCAGAACAACUUCAAAGCCUUGAUCCUUUCGCCAAGUGCUCUUGCCGGAAAUUCUCAACCUCCUGCCCUCAAGUUUCGGCCGUAAUCUUGAGGAGUCUGAUUACUUUCCCCCAUCGCUUUCAUCUGCAGGAUACGGUGGAAAAGAAUGAUCCUCUUUCCCCUGUAAAAGGUGGGUGGCUAGUUUAAAUAAAGUUGCAGAGGGUUCUUCUAAUAAGAAUGGCUCUCCUGAUUCCCAAUGUGUAGUUGUGUGGCAUGUCGUGUGCCUCUUCUGUUUGUGGCUGGUUACUGCAACUGGAUAGCUAAUCAACGUCAUUGCUUGCACUCAUCCUGCCUACCUAAGAUCACUCUUCUGAUUGAAUUAUUAGAUGCUUGUCAUCUCUUUAGUACUUCUAGUAGAGUACUGUUAGCACAAUCCAUUUGCAAAAAUAGGAUUGCCGCCUUGAAUCAAUGAACGAACAUCUCUGCUUUUUGUGUUGUCUCAUUGAUAUUAACAUUUUUACGCUCUAUUAUUAGUUCUCUUAAGUUUAUAACUCCUCUUGGCAAAUUGCUAGUUGCGAUAAUGGGAAUCCUCUUCUGGAACUGUCAAGGGAUUGGCCCUAUAACAACCAAUAGACAGCUUGCCGAAACAGUAAGUCGUUAUUCAAUAUACUUGUUGUUUCUAAGUGAAACAAAAAACGAAGAUGAUUUGGUCAGAGACAAAAUUAAAAACCUUGGUUUUAAAGAAAACUGUCUCGUCAGUGCUAUUGGCCUAUCUGGCGGGUUAGCAGUGGGUUGGGCAUUGGAUGUAGAUUGUACUAUUAGAGACAAAAAUCGCUUCUACAUUUCCUUAGAAUGUCAACAUCCAAGACUCGGGAGAGCUCACUUCUUAUUUGUUCACCUUAGUUGUGACGUAGGGACUAGGCAAAAUCAACUCAAUGAAUUAUCUGUCAUUAUUCGAGCUGUUCUUCUUCCAUUAUUUAUCCUCGGAGACUUUAAUUGUGUCCUCGACAGCUCUGAAAAAUUAGGAGGCAGAUGUCCUGCCCUUUCUGCCCUGGACCAACUAAGGAAUUUUUGCCUCCAUUCAGGUCUUCAAGACCUAGGUUUUAAUGGCCCUAACUUCACCUGGACAAAUCGCAGAUCGGCUUCGGAUCAUAUUAUGGCUAGAUUGGACAGAGUUUUAGUCACCUCUUUGGCUCUAAACCUUUGGCCUCUCGCCAAGGUAACUCACCUAUCAGAUCUAGGUUCGGAUCACCGAAAAAUUGUGCUGCAACUCAUCCCGCCCCAUAAUUUGGGCCAACAUCGCUUUCAUUUUGACAGUCGUUGGGCAAAAAACUCGGAAGCAAGAAAAGCUUUUGCUGACAAAUGGGGUAACCAAACUUCUGGUACAAGGCAAUUCCAAUUUUUCAACAACCUCAAGUCCUCGAGGCUCGACCUUGUUGAAUGGAUGAAAAAGGGUACUUCUAACUCGUCUAGGAAAAUUAAAGAACUUCGUCUAGACAUUGAUACAGCCAGAAAUGCUCCAUCUGUUGACUGGGAAGCGAUUAAGGGGCUUGAACAAAUGUUAUCAUCUUCCUAUCUCCAAUAAGAGAUUUAUUGGAAACAAAAAUCUAGAGUUACGUACCUUCUGGAAGGGGAGUCUAAUACUCAUUUUUUUCAUACCAUUACAAAGCAGAAGAGAAGGAUGAAUACAAUUCUUUCCCUUAAGGAUGAUAACGGCUUAGUUCAUUUAGAGGAAGAAGCUAAAGCCAAAGUUGCAGUUACUUACUUUAUGGAACUCUUCUUAUCUAAUCAACCUUUAGUUCAUGAAUUCAUUUUGAGCUUGGGUCUCCAGGAAAAAGUGAAUGAUUAUAUGAAUACUUGCCUUGCUGCAACAGUUACAAGAAAAGAGAUAAAAGAUGCUACUUUCUUGAUCGGGUCUUACCAAUCCCCGGGGAUAGAUGGAUUUACUGGAAUCUUCUUUCAAGCAUUUUGGGAUGUGGUUGGGGAAUCCCUUUGUGAUGCUGCCCUCUCCUUCUUUCAUACGGGAAGAUUGUUGCAUAACUUUAAUCAUACGCUGAUCACGCUUAUACCCAAAACUCCAAAUGCUGAAACCAUGAAACAAAUGAGGCCUAUAGGA